AUGUCACAGCCACUUCAAUCCAUAGUACACGAGUACAAUGUACUCUACUCCUCGAGGAUUCAUCAGAGAGAUAAACGAUGGAGUGAUGGAAUUCUCCGAUUCUACGAGUUCAACAGCAAACUUGAAGUAGCCAACGAACAUGGGAUAAUCAUCACCACCGACUUCAUCAAAAACAAGCCCAAUUCUCACACUCUUUCAAAAACACUUGUACCUGAUAAUGAAUUCAAGUUACCUAACAAUAAACUCAUCCUACAGAUCAGCGACAAGAUCUCUGUAUACGAAAGAGACAUAUCACGUAUGUUCGUACAGCAAGAAACACAACACAAGCCUGUAGUAAAACUUGAGCCAUUGGACACGAUGUUGACAUCCGUGAACACGUCGCUGCUAAAUAGCUCUAUUCCGAGAAGACGACGCGUCGGACUCAGAAGAAUUGUUAAACUAGAACCGGGACUUGAAAACUCAAUUGCUAAAUCAUCGUCGUCAUAUCUACCCCAAAUGCCUGUAGUUGGAAAACCUAAGAUUGAAGCUCCUACGAUCAGAGUGAAAACAGAAGUAGGAACAGCAACUCCAAUUAUCAAUAGAGUACCUAAAUCACGAAUAGAAAAGCCUUUCAUUCAGCCUCAACCCAGAAAACCAUCAACAAUGACAUCCACACCUUCAAAAACACAUUCAAAAAGUUCAGCUUCUUCGAAUAUAUCUCCACUUUCCGAAAAACCAAUUUCUGUAAAUCAAUUGACUCCAGAUAUGUUACGAACAUUUAGAUCUCUGCAACGUAUACCCCCUAUGUCGGCCAGACACUUUCGCUACUUGCUGGCGGUCUUGGGCUCAGAACCAGUUCAGGAACUUGUAAAUACUGUCAGAAGCCCCUCAGUAGUAGAUAUCAAAGUCGAAGAGGAGAUUCCUAUUCAAUCUACAAAGGGGUUGGAAGAGGCUGAUAUCAUCUACGAUCUUUCCGAUUUUGAGGAAGACGAGAGAUUCUUGAAUAUGUUGAAACAAAUGAAGAAUCAGAGAGAACUGAACAAAGAAGACCCUCAAGAUCAGUCUUCUCAUACAGAAGCACGAUUGUCAAUGGCCUCAUCGUUUGGAACGCCGAAGAGCCUAAUGCAUGGGUUGUUAACUCCAAUUACUGCUAAGGCAAAAAAGUUCAAUGAAGUCCAUGAAUUUGAUCUUUCUACAUACUCAGACUUUGAAGAUAUUGAUCUGUAA